UUUCUCGCGAGAAUACGCGUACGCCUUGAAAAAAACGGCGAUGUUGUCGGGAUUUUUUCGCGGGAAUGGUUUCUUUCGCUCGCUGACAAGGCGUGAAAGAUAAAUAUAACUUCAUACCUUAUUUAAGACGGGCAACAGUUGAAGCACGACUUUCCCUCUGCAAAGGACAGCCAUGUUCUCCGACCUGAGCGCCCAGAAGGAGGGCUCCUCUCUGCUCUGCCGCCCUACCUCCGAGGACCAGGGGCCGGUGUUUGAGAGGAUGACACUGGCCUACAGUCCCUGCUCCGAGCGCUUCAGAGUUGGGGAGAGAAGCUUCAAUCGCCAGUAUGCUCAUAUUUACGCAGCACGGCUCAUGCAGAUGAGGCCCCUGCUGUCAACGACAGCCCAGCAGAAGUGGGGAUCGGAGGUGCUUAUCAGGAAGCUGUGCGAUCUUCAGACAGGGGAGCAGUGUUGCAUUGUGGGCACCUUGUUUAAGCGUAUGGAUUUGCAGCCGUCCAUUCUGAAAGAGAUCAGUGAGGAGCACAACCUGUUGCCCCAGCCUGCACGAGCCAAAUACAUCAGUGAAACGGAUGAACUGAUUCUGGAAGACGAGCUCCAGAGGAUCAAACUAGAGGGCAAAAUUGACAGAGACAAGUGUGUCACAGGUAGUAUUGUUGCAGUAUAUGGAGCUGAGAGGAACAAUGGGAAGUUCACAGUUGAGGACUUCUGCACAGCUGAUCUCCCUUUGCAGACUGCAAGAGCUGCACUCAACUCAGACAGGUUUGUGCUCCUGGCCUCGGGACUAGGUUUCGGUAGUAUUCAUGCCGAUAGCAUGCUGGGGCUGCAGUUGCUGGUUGACAUGGUAACCGGGCAGCUCGGGGAGCAGGGGGAGCAGAGUGGAGCAGCGACAAUUUCCAGGGUCCUACUGGCUGGAAACCUCCUGAGCCAAAGCACCCAGGACAAGGACGCAUCAACGAAGGCUAAAUACCUCACCAAGAAGACUCAGGCUGGCAGUGUGGAGGCCAUUCGUCUGCUGGAUGAGUUGCUGCUUCAACUAGUGGCCUCUGUUCCAGUGGAUGUAAUGCCAGGCCAGUAUGACCCAACCAACUACACUCUCCCACAGCAGCCUCUCCACCGCUGCAUGUUCCCCCUGUCCUCGGUGUACCCCACAUUACAGCUGGCAUCAAAUCCAUACCAGGCUAACAUUGAUGGUGUGAGGUUCCUGGGUACAUCGGGCCAGAAUGUCUGUGACAUUCAAAGGUACAGCAGCAUGGAUAGUCACCUGGAAAUACUGGAGGAAACGCUACGACUCAGACACCUGGCCCCUACAGCACCAGAUACUCUCGGUUGUUACCCAUUUUACCAAAAAGACCCUUUCAUCUUGGAAGAGUGUCCCCAUGUUUACUUCAGUGGCAACGCCCCAACCUUUGGGUCCAAACUUAUCAAAGGUGCUGAUGGCCAGGAAGUCCUUCUGGUUACCAUCCCAGAGUUUAGCAGCACCCAGACAGCAUGCCUGGUCAAUUUACGCACGCUUGAAUGUGAGCCAGUCUGCUUCUCUGCCUUCACCACUGACGACGACGAUGAAAGUGAGAUGAACAUCAGCCACUGAGGGUCCAUAUCGACACACAGUACAACUUGCUUAGACUUCUCGGACACAGCUCAUGUAUAUUCAGAGUCAAUUUUCUUUAGUAGAGACUAAUCAAAUAUACAUAGGGCAAACAAUUACAGCCCUUGCUACACUAUUGGUCUCCAGUAUCAUAAAGAUCAAUGAAUUGCUGCUAAAAUAGCCUUAUGAAGUUGCUUCUAAUUUUUCCUUUUAAGAUGAUUUUUUUCUAUAAGACUGUAAGAGAGAAACAGCACUUAUAUUCCAGCAUUCUACUGCUAAACCAGAAAUCAGUGUUCACAAAUGUGCUGAAAAAAGAGAACACAAGCAUUUUGUAUUAACAAGCCUUUAUUUGAAAAAUAACUCUUCUACCUCAGCUAUGUCUGAGGACACAUGACAGAAGACUCUUUCCCUCCUCUGACUCUGUUGCCAACUGUUAAUAAAUGCUUUAAACUUU